ACCUGGGCCCUGUGCGCACAUGUAAUGCGCAACUACGUCACCAUCCGGCUGCUCCGAUAGAGAAGGGCGCGAGUUAGAAAUCAGGGAGCGCGGUCACACAGGCGCCCUGCUCCAGCUGGAAGCUACAGACCUUCAACACAGCAGCCUCCAGAACCACCAGCGGGCUCCUCCAAGAUACAACAAACACGAGGAAUAACACCUGACAUACCUGAGUGUGCAUGCACAGGACGAGGACUGUCAGCAGGACACAUCAGGGUCUGACCUUAAACAACAGAAACCGAGGGAAAUGUCCUGGUUGGCGCGCGGGGAGGAUGGAGAGGAGGCCAUGCAUCAGGACACGGACUCUGACGUGGCGGACCCGAGGGAUGGAGGGAAAGUGAAGGUGAAGUGGACACCAGAGGAGGAUGACAAACUCAAGGCUCUUGUUCAGAGGCUGGGAACCACCGACUGGAAACACGUAGCUAACUACAUACCCAGCCACACUGAACACCAAUGUCAGCACCGUUGGUUUAAGGUCUUGGACCCCGAAUUGGUAAAAGGCCCUUGGACAAAAGAGGAGGACGAGAAGGUCAUAGAGCUCGUAAACCUAUAUGGCAACAAACAGUGGGCAUUGGUGGCCAAGCAUCUGAAAGGCAGGCUGGGGAAACAAUGUAGAGAACGCUGGCACAACCACCUCAACCCCAACGUGAAGAAGUCCUCAUGGACAGCCGAGGAGGACCUCAUCAUCUACAAGGCUCACUGUAUGGUCGGAAACCGCUGGGCUGAGAUCGCCAAGCUGCUCCCUGGAAGGACGGAUAAUGCAGUGAAGAAUCACUGGAACUCCACCAUCAAACGCAAGUUAGAGAUGGGCUUCUAUGCUGGGGAGGUUUUUAGACCAGAGGAGCUGGAAGAGCUGCUGGCUCGUGUUGGUAAAGAUGUGCAGACGCCCAGCUGUUCGCAAGAGGAUCUGGACAAAGACCUGGAGCAGUCCACCCAUUCUGCACUGCAGGAAUCUUUAAACUCCACCUCUGGUGAAGCUGGCUCCUGUGAAGCUAGACCAUCAAGAGCUGGGUCCUCCCCAAAGGACAGUUUGAGCCCCAAAACUGAAGCAGACAGCACAGGAGAUAUGAACUGCUCCAGCUGGGUGGUGGACAGCUCUGGUUUUCUCUCUCCCUCUGGCCCUGCGCUGAAGGAGGUGCUGGACAUGGUGGAUGGGGACCUUGAUGGCUGGUGCAACCUUGCAGCCUUUGACCUGCCUGAGGACAGUCCAAGUCCGGAGCGCCACCAGUUCCGUCUGGAAGCCGGUGCCUUGCAGGAGUUAAGCAAAGGCAGCAAGGGUGAACUCAUCCCCAUCUCCCCCGGAGGUGUGACGCCACCCUCCACACAGAUCCGGAGAAGCAGGAGAUGCAUCGCCUUGUCUCCUGACGUCAACAACUCCAUGACUCCCAAGAGCACCCCUGUCAAGAUCUUGCCCUUUUCUCCGUCUCAGUUCCUCAACAUGUGGACGAAGCAGGACACUCAUGACCUGGAGAACCCGUCUCUGACAUCAACGCCAGUGUGCAGCCAGAAAGCCAUCGUUACAACGCCGCUGCAGCGAGACAAGACCCCUCACACUCAGAAGGAGAACUCAGCAUUUGUUACACCCAACCAUAAGUCUGACCUCUGUACAACCCCACGGACUCCAACGCCAUUCAAAAACGCCAUGGAGAAAUACGGCCCUCUGCAGCCACUGCCUCAGACUCCAAACCUUGAAGAUGACAUCAACGAAGUCAUCCUAAGAGAAGCGGGGAUCGACCUAGUCGUUUUACGUACGACUCCACCGGAGCAGAGACGCAAAACAAUGCACCGGCCUCCGAUGAAGAAAGUAAGGAAGUCUUUGGCUUUAGAUAACAUGGACUGCCAAGUGACAUCUAAUCGCAAAGCCCUCAAAACUGAGUCCAAAAGAAGCAUCAAGGAAGAGCCCAUGAUAGUUUCUCUCAACUCCUCAUCAUUCUGCAGCAAGAGGCAUGAGAACAUUUUGGAUCAGGGCUUCCUUUUGGGACCGAGUGACAGUGCCAUAUUUCCCAGCGCUGUGGCUCCACUUCCGAUGUCAAAAGAAUGGGAGAUGGUUGUUUGUGGACAAACUAAAGAUCAGCUCAUCAUGACAGAAAAAGCAAGACACUACCUUCGCUCACUGAAAUCCCAUGCUCCCAACCGAGCUCUGAUUCUGUCUUAAGACAUCUCUCUUUUGUUCAUCAAUGUUUCACACAAGCUGAUGUUGCUUUUGCUGUUUGUCCUUUACCUUUUGCUGUCGCGGUUUUUGGUGAAACAAUAACGAGGCAUCUGUAAAUGCAGAGCAGUUUUUGAAGGAAGUUGUAGAAAUCAUUACACUGACACAUUGUACAUCUCUGUCAAACACUUGAGAGAGAAUGUUGCUUUUAGAGUUUGCACUACUCCGCUGACCCUGUUCUUGAUUCAAAUCACAAGUUCAUCACAUUCUGUUGCAUCAAUGUCACCCCAGCAAGUUUAAGAAGAACCGUGAAUGUGACAAUGAAAAAUCACAGCUAUGUAUGUUAUCUGCUAUCACUGAGAAGACAUUACGUAAUGUGUCUGUAAUUGACCAGUUUUCUAGCUAUUAAGAGUCCAAACACUCAACUCUUUAUUUUAACUUGUUGAAACUGGAAUGUGGAUAAAAUCAGACUGUUUGAUCAGUGUUACAUGUAGAAAUUAGGGCUGUGUUAAAAAUGUAAAGUGAGCAUUGUCUUGUUCAGAGAUCUGUUUAGGAUGUUAAUAUAAAAUAUGAAUGUUAAUAGGCAUAUUAAAGUUAGAAUGCCACACAAAAUACGAUGUCUGCUGAAGAAGCAGGAGUAACUGAAACCCCAUCCAUGUCUCAUUAAUGUGGCGCAUUAAUAAAUUACAUCCUGUACAACACAGUGAUGAACAUGCGCUGACAUGUUUUAUGCAAUAACAGUAGUUGUGAUGUUAAGGAGGCUUUGAAGCUGUGCCAGCAUACAUGGUGGGGUUGAUAUGUUAUUUGGCACUGUAAAUAUUUAGUGUUGGAUGUUUUUACCAAAUCUUAAAGCAAUUUGUUAAAAAAGAAUAAAAGAACAAUAUGGGCGAUUCA